UAUUAAUCUUUCAUUUUACGCUUUAACUCAGCAGUAGUAGUAGCCAUUCAUGCUGGAACGAAAGCUUUGUUUUCCGAUACCAUUCAUUUCCAACCAAAAUGUCGGUGAUAUGACCCCAUUGCCAUUAUUCUUAGAACAAUUAGAUAUUAGUAGUGUUUAUUUCGCUUUGUCUUAUUUGAUUCCCCAAAUUUUAUGACUCACGUGCCGCAAUUUUCCACUCUUUUCAUUUCUGUCAUUUCUGUACUUUUCUGUUCGAGAUCAAUCCAGAUCGUGAUCGGAGACUCUUGAUUUCGUAACUGUUUGAAUUUUGGGGUCUGAAGCAAAAUGGGGGUUAUGUCCAGGCGGGUUGUGCCCGUCUGUGGCAACCUCUGUUGCAUCUGUCCUGCUCUGCGGGCAAGCUCCAGACAACCGGUGAAACGAUACAAGAAGUUGCUAGCUGAAAUUUUCCCACGCAACCAGGAGGCUGAACCUAAUGAUAGAAAAAUUGGAAAACUAUGUGACUAUGCUUCUAAGAACCCACUGAGAAUUCCCAAGAUUACUGAUAACUUGGAGCAAAUAUGUUACAAGGAUUUGCGUUAUGAAACCUUUGGCUCAGUCAAAGUUGUCUUGUGCAUAUACAGGAAAUUCUUAUCGUCAUGUAAAGAGCAGAUGCCACUUUUUGCUGGUAGCUUGUUAGAGAUCAUUCGGAUUCUUCUAGAACAAACCCGAACAGAUGAAAUCAGGAUCUUAGGCUGCAACACACUUCUUGAUUUUUUAGAUUGCCAGACAGACGGUACAUACAUGUUCAACUUAGAGGGUUUUAUUCCUAAACUAUGUCAACUGGCUCAAGAAGUGGGGGAAGAUGAGCGAGCUCUGCGGCUACGCUCAGCUGGACUACAAUCUCUAUCCUAUAUGGUACGUUUCAUGGGUGAGCACUCACAUCUUUCAAUGGAUUUGGAUGAAAUCAUUUCAGUGACUUUGGAGAAUUACCCUAAUCUCCAAUAUAACUCCAGAUCUGCUUUGGAAGAUAAAUUGAAUUCAGAGUCCCUGGACCUGUUAGUACAGGGAUUUCCUAAAGUGGAAGAUCCUUUAACAGAUAUCACUAAGAAGGAUCCUUUGUUGCUGAAAGCUUCCACAGAAACUGAGAUGGACUCUGUGUUGGACACUGCUAAAGAUCCUACAUAUUGGUCAAAAAUUUGCUUGUAUAAUAUGGUCAAAUUGGCGAGAGAAGCUACAACAUUAAGGCGUGUCCUUGAACCUCUUUUUCAUUAUUUUGAUACCGAAAGUCAAUGGUCUGCAGAUAAAGGAGUCGCUGCUCAUGUUUUGUUGUACUUACAAUCUCUUUUAGCAGAAUCAGGAGAUAACUCCUGUCUUCUGUUGUCCAAUUUGAUUAAGCACUUGGAUCAUAAGAAUGUUGCUAAGCAGCCUAUCCUUCAGAUUAAUAUUAUUAACACUACAACAAAACUUGCACAAAAUGUGAAGCAACAGGCUUCGGUUGCAAUUCUUGGUGCAAUAUCUGAUCUCAUUAAACAUUUGAGGAAGUGUCUGCAAAAUUCAGCCGAAGCUUCCAGCAUUGGAAAUGAUGGGUCUAAGUUGAAUACUGAACUUCAAUUUGCCUUGGAAAUGUGUAUAUUACAUCUCUCCAACAAGGUUGGGGAUAUAGGACCCAUUCUUGAUUUGAUGGCUGUGAUGUUAGAGAAUCUCUCAACUACAACCCUCAUAGCAAGAACAACAAUCUCUGCCGUUUAUCAAACUGCAAAAUUAAUCACGUCAAUCCCUAAUGUAUCAUAUCACAAGAAGCCUUUCCCUGAUGCUUUGUUUCAUCAAUUGCUCCUGGCAAUGGCUCAUCCUGACCAUGAAACACGAGUUGGAGCACACAGUGUCUUCUCUUUGGUGCUUAUGCCAUCUCCAUUUUCUCCCCAGUCGGACCAUAAAACAAAGAUGUCUCAGAAUGUACCAAGCGAAAUCUUCUCCAUUCAGCAUGAAAGCUUUUUAGGAGCAGAACAGAUCAACGGGAAACGCAUGGAAGGAAAGGCAGCAGUUGGUGUUAGUGGGAAAUAUGCAGUUCAUCCAUAUCAUGGUUACAUCUUUUCUUGUGCUCUAACUGAUGGAAAAGAUGAGCUAAGUUCUUUUCGGUUAAGCAGUCACCAAGUGAGUCUCUUGCUUUCUUCAAUCUGGGUUCAGGCAACAUCUGUGGACAGUGGCCCUGCAAAUUUUGAGGCAAUGGGUCACACUUAUAGCAUUGCUUUAUUGUUCACUCGUUCAAAGACAUCCAGUUACACGGCUUUAGUAAGAUGUUUCCAACUGGCAUUUUCCCUCAUGAGCCUCUCUUUGGACCAAGAAGGUUUACAACCAUCUCGCAGGAGGUCUCUUUUUACCUUGGCAUCGUACAUGCUUAUAUUCUCAGCCAGGGCAGGCAAUUUCCUUGAGCUAAUUCCAAAAGUUAAAGCAUCCCUGACAAAGACAACCGUAGAUCCUUUUCUUGAGUUGGUCGAUGAUGUCAGGUUGCAGGCUGUUUACAUAGAAUCAGAGAAGAUAAUUUAUGGAUCUCAGGAAGAUGAUGUUUCAGCUAUGAAAUCAUUAUCAGCAGUAAAAUUGGAUGACAAGCAGUUGAAAGAGACUGUAAUAUCAUGCUUCCUGACUAAAUUUUCAAAAUUAUCAGAGGAUGAGUUGUCAAGCAUAAAGAAACAACUUGUACAGGGAUUUUCCCCUGAUGAUGCAUAUCCGUUGGGACCUCCACUGUUUAUGGAGACACCAAGGGAAUCUUCUCCACUUGCUCAGAUUGAGUUCCCAGAUUUUGAUGAGAUUGUGGCUCCAGUAGCUUUGAUAGAUGAAGAGACUAGGCUCGAACCAAGUGGAAGUCAAUCAGAUCGUAAAUCAUCACUAUCUAGCAAUAGUCCGGACAUACUAAGUGUUAAUCAACUCUUACAAUCGGUUUUGGAAACUGCACGACAAGUGGCAAGUGUCACCGUUUCCUCAACUCCUGUACCUUAUGACCAAAUGAAGAACCAGUGUGAAGCACUUGUAACAGGGAAACAACAGAAGAUGUCGGUUCUUCACAGUUUCAAGCACCCGCAGGAGACUAGGGCAAUAGUCCUUUCAAGUGAAAAUGAAAUGGAAGUUUCCCCUCUGCCAAUUAAGACACUGGAGUAUUCGGAAGGGGAUCUGAAGUUGGUGAGCCAGGAGCAGUUUCCAGCGCAGUAUCAAGUUCGCCUCUGUUCAUAUGACUUUGGACAGCAAUAUUCUUUGAAAUUACCACCUGCAAGCCCCUUUGAUAAAUUCUUGAAAGCUGCUGGGUGCUAAUGAGACUAGAUUUUCAUAAUAGACGUGCAUGUAACUAUUUUUAUAGAGAUGAACACCCUUCUCUGACAUUCCCUCUUUUUAUUUUGUCUUGUUAGUUGUCAUUUCGCCAUUUAGUUGGUCUUUUUGUUCAUUCUUUUGUAGUGGUAAACUGGUUGUUUCUUUCUUUAGCUGCUUUGCACUCUACAUGCCCAAAGUGAGUUACACAGUGCUACCUGGCACGUCUUUCUCUUUCUUUUUGUUAGGGGAGGACCAUGUUUCUUCCAGCAAAUGUAUGAUUUUGUGAGUAAUUUUUCAUAAUAAUUGUCAAUAUUUCAAGGGGUUUCUUAUGCUUGGUUAA